CACGGAAGUAAAAUUGGAGGAAGGUUUGUUUUGAAUAUGCAUUCUGCUCGCUCCUUACGUGGAUUUUAGACGCAUUUAACGGAAUACCUAAGUCUCAGUCCACUGAAAAUGGCAAAAUUACUGUCUUUGAGUGUGUUUGUUAAUACGCGUUUAACAGUGGCUACCGUAGAGAUUAUGGGGGCAGUAGAGAAAGUGGUAGCGGAGUACCAGGAGGAGAUUUCCCGAUCUAAAGUGGAGAAUGACCGGCUACGCAGACUGCUGCGGAUCAGACCGGAGAUGAAACGAUGUAGAUUAGACUCCCUCCAAUUCUCGCUUACCGUCUCUGAGGAGGAGGUUAACCCUGUGCCGCAGCAAUGUGACCAGGAGGAAUGGAACUCCAGUCUGGGGACGGAUGACCCCGAGCCCAUGCAGAUUAAAGAGGAAAAUGCGGAAGUCGGGACCACUCAGGUGGCAGGGCAGCUUCAAGGGCUGGAGCCUGACAUUGUAGAGUUCAUGUUCACUCCUUCCUGUGUGAAAAGUGAUUGUGAUCAGGACGACCUACUUCAGUCCUUGACUCUUUCCCAAACCACGACUGUGGAGAACAGCGAGAGUGACUCUAAAAAAUUGGAUCUCAAACCUUUUGGCACAGUGACCCACCUCGACCAUCCUUAUGACCCUCGAGAUAAUCAAGACAAUGUCUCCAGCCACAGCUCAGCUGCAAGCAGUGAUCUAGUAGGAUUUGACAUAAGCCCACCGUUGGAUCCCAACCCACCAUUGAGGAAACCCAGCACCACAUCUAAAACUCAUGACUGCGGGAAAAUAUUAAAUUGCAAGGGGAGCCUGAACAGGCAUAUGCAGACCUCCACAGGAGAAAAAUCAUUUAGCUGUAAUAACUGCAGGAAAAGCUUCAGUCGCAAGGAUACCCUUAACAUGCAUAUACGAACUCACACAGGAGAGAAACCAUUUGUCUGUGGUGAUUGCGGGAAAAACUUCAGACAGAAGGCUACCCUUAACAGGCAUAUACGGACUCACACAGGAGAAAAACCAUUUAGCUGUGGUGCCUGCGGGAAAAGCUUCAACCAUAAGGGAAACCUAACUGUUCAUUUACUGACUCACACAGGAGAGACACCUUUUACCUGUGGGGACUGCGGGAAAAGCUUCAGACAGAAAUAUAGCCUUAAAAAGCAUACAUCGACUCACAUAGGAGAGACAUUUAACUGUGCUCACUGUGGGAUAAGCUUCAGACACAAAGUGAACCUGGAUAGUCAUAUACUUGCUGUCCACAAAUAAACAAAAACAGAAUGAAAACAAAAAGAAGAAAAUGUAACAAAGAUCUGGCAGUUGGUAAUACAAUUGCAGGAUAUGGACAUCACUGUUAGGAAAGCAAAUAAAUUCUAGAUCAUUCAUGUUGUAGGUUUAAAGUAUUUACUUUUGUAAAAUGUUCUAUGUAAAUAAAAUGUUAUUCGAAGUACGAUAUUAUGAUCAAACAGUUAAAAAGGGCAAUGGAAACACUUUAGGAAGUAAAUCUAAGCAAAGAUAUGCAAUCAAUCAACUAAUAUCUUGCAAUUCUUUAACAUAAAAACAUCUCUGUAUUUAGUAUUUUGAUCUUCGAGGUUAAUUUGAGCCAUUUUUAAUUGCCAUAGUAACGACUGACACAAGUCCGUCACUGGCAGGAAUCAGUAAAUUGUCUGGUAUUGCAUUUUCGCGCGGAGAGUGAAUCGAAGAGUACAAGGACAUGAUGACAACAACAAUUAGUAAUUCAGACAUGAACUGUAUAGCGCCAGGCUGUACGAAUCGGCUCCAAUUUUUUUUUGUUUAAAUAUAUCGGCUAGGUACCAUCGGCUGUCCAAGGACCUUUUGAACACGUGGCUCCAUGUCCUAAAGAAAGAAAGGAAGGACGUGCCAGCUCGAGCUAGCAAGGUCUGCAGGCAGCACUUCGCCGAGAAGGACUUUGCUACGAAGGGCACGUUCGAUGCGGCAACCGGGAGUUUCAGAAUGUAAAGGAGUCCUAAACCUACGUUGAAGCCCUCUACUUGCCCCCUCCCAGCGUCAAUUUCGAGGGUUAUGGUGUACAGUAAGGGUUACCGACCGACCAUCAUCAACAUCGCUGACUUCGGAGUCAAGCCAAACUUCGGACUGAGGCGACGCGAGUCAAUAGAGCCGGGAUGAUAUUGUCAUCCAUGAAAAUGUUUUCAUCCUGGAGAUUGUGCAAGAGGAG